CAAGUCGUCUUCGGUGACGUAGGAAAAGAGAAACAGGAAAUCUGAAACUAAAAAUUCGAAGCUUUUCAAGGAAACGGUGGCUAAUCUUCGAGGAUAAAACACCGGCUUCCACCGACACAACAUUAUUUCUGCUGUCGAGGAGGCGCAUGUGUGUGCUGUCAGCGGCUUUGCUUUUGUUUGGCACCCCCAAACACUACAGAUGGCUUGCUUUGAAAGCAAUAAGGGGAGCUUGGAGGAGGACAGCUAUGAAGGAGCAGUUGGUGGAGAGCUGUCCGAAUGUGCCUUGGCAAUGCUGGAAAAAGAAAAGGAAUCCCCUUUAAGCCCGUCAGAGAGUCCUAGCACCUUAAUUAACAGUUCAUCCCUUCAGGGCUAUGAUGUGGAGUUUGACCCACCCCUCGAGAGCAAAUAUGAGUGCCCUAUCUGCCUGAUGGCGUUGAGGAAUGCCAUUCAAACGCGCUGUGGUCACCGGUUUUGCAAGAGCUGCAUUGAGAAGUCCAUUCGUGAUACAGGACAGCGGUGCCCUGUGGACAAUGAAAUGCUGUCAGAAGACCAACUGUUUCCUGAUAACUUUGCCAAAAGGGAGAUUCUAUCGCUGACUGUUCGCUGUCCAAACUCUGGCUGUGCCGACAAAAUGGAGCUCCGGCAUUUAGAGAAUCAUUUGGCCAUGUGUGAGUUCGCCACUGUGCCUUGUUCGCAGUGCCAGCAGCCUGUGAGAAAGAGCUACCUAGAGGAGCACAAAACUGAUGAGUGCCAAAGAAGGCCUAUGUCAUGCCCAGACUGUGUGGCAUCCUUUGUGUUUGAGGAGAAAGAGCUACAUGAGCAGCAGUGCCCGUUUGCCAGCGUGAGGUGCCAAUACUGUGAGUUGGAUCUUAUCAGAGAGCAGAUGGAAUCCCAUUAUGAUACAGAUUGUCCAAAAGCACCCAUUGCCUGUAACUUUAGCAUGUUUGGAUGUAAGGAAAAGAUGCAGCGCUAUGACCUGGCUCAGCACAUGCAGGACUUCACUCAGAUGCAUAUGCGCUACAUGGCAGAGUUUUUGCGUAGCCUCAGCCUCAACGGCACCUCACCUAAACCCCACCGAACACUAGGGCCUUCCAUUUCCUCUGAGGAUAUUGGUGCUGCAGCAUCAAUGCCGGCCUACGGUGGGCUCAGAGCAGCUGUGAGCUGCAGCCCAGCUGCAUGUCAGCCCAGUGAGGUGAUGCAGAUGCUCAGAGAGAUGGAUGGCCGUUUGGUGAAGCAGAAUCACCUGCUGUGUGAGGUGACCAUAUUACAAAGGACCCAAACAGGGCACCUUGCGGAGCUCCGGCGUAGGGUCUCAAUGCUGGAGGAAACCAUAAAGGAGCUGGAGGCCGAGCAGUGCCACGGUAUUUUCAUCUGGCGCCUCAAAGGUUUCUCUGCCCUCAUGCGCAACCAAGAAGCAGGCCUGCCAGUGGUUGAGCACAGCCCCGGCUUCUACACGGGCCGUCCCGGCUACAAGCUGUGUCUCCGCUUACAUCUGCAGACACCCAACGCCCCACGCUGUUCCAACUAUAUCUCCCUUUUUGUCCACACUAUGCAAGGAGCUUUCGAUGGUCAGCUGACUUGGCCCUUUCAAGGGACGAUCCGGCUUGCCAUAAUAGACCAGGGACCUGAGAGUCAGCAUCACAUGGAGGUCAUGGAGACAAAGCCAGACCUGCAAGCCUUCCAGAAACCCAUAAAUCCACGCAAUCCCAAAGGAUUUGGCUACGUCACCUUUAUGCACCUGCAACAGCUGAAUCAGAGAGCUUAUAUAAAAGAUGACACUCUGCUGAUCCGCUGUGAGGUUACACCGCGCUUUGAUAGCUCGUUUCAUAGGGAGGGACCAGUCGUACAGCCAAGAGGGCCUGAAGCAUCGCUUUCAAGAGAAUAAGGUCAAGCUUCUUUGUAUGGGAUUGUUGUCAUGCCAGUUGUAUACAGCACAACUACCACCGUUUAAGUAUUGCCUGUUUAUUAUGAAGCAUUCACUGUAGAAAUGCGAAAACCAAACCCCACUUUCAUUCAUCAAAGUGAAUCUUCUGAUAUUUAUUUGUUUUCCAAUGUCUGAAUAUUUGUUGUUUUCAUGAAUGUCUUUUAGAGCCAUCUGUGUAGUCCUCUUAAAACCUGAUCUGAUUUAAUCUGGGGGUUUGUUUGAUGCUUGUGAGCAGGUAUGGUACGAUUUGGGACUGAUGUGUUUUUGGUUAACGGUUAAAAAAAUGAUUUGAUUACCACUAUGCCGCCGUUUUUAACUAUGGAUCUCGGGCAUACAUUAAUUUGUGGAAAUAUUUCUAGGUAACAUAUUUUAUCGCAGCGCUAAUAAUUGCAUCACAUAUGAACAACUGUCACUAUCAAUAUGUAUUGACCUCUGAUUCUAAUCAGUGCUUUAUAAACUGUAACGAUAACAGAUUGUUUUACAGUUGUUAGAACAUGUUAGGACUGAAAAUAUCUUUGUCACAAGUUACAACUAAGAGCAUAUUUUGGAUCUAAAUCUAAAUAUAAUGACAAUUUACUUGGAAUGUGGAGUCUGCCCACUACGUUCAACACAUUUAAAGUUAUCAUGUGGACCUGAUGAAUUUUAAGACUAUCUACCUGUGUAAGAUGCAUUUUAAUCAAUCCUUAGUUUUAAAAAUAAAUGUUUUUUUGGCAAAGUACUGAAAUAAAGUUGUUCAAUUAAAA